ACCAGGACAGCGCUACAUUAAAAUGACACGAACAGACCCACCUGACAUACUAGUUUCUACAGUUUACCAAGACGUGAAGGUAACCCUGAGCACUGAUUCUCAAAUCUGUGGUUCACCUGCACAAUGUGACAGCUUCAUGUCCAACCACAAGGACCUCAGCCAGCCACCAUUCAAUAAAAGGCACUGCCGCAGCUUCGACUUUCUUGAAUCUCUAGACGACCAGCUGACCAACGCUCAAGCCAUGGAUGCCUACCAUCGAGGAGCUCGCAGGCGUGCUGACACACCAGAACCAUCAAACCAGCCUGUAGUGAGGAGGUCCUCUUCCAGGUCUGAUCCACAAUACACUUCUCAGGGGGUGGACACCUCAAAGGAAGCAAAAGAACCAAGGAGACGUCCAAGAUCAAAGAGUGCACCAAGAGUCAAAACCACCUUCACCUCAGUUCCCAUACAAAUGUCUUCAUCACAGUCCCCACCACCCACUGCCAGGAGAGGCAGAGAGGCUGUGAGGGCUUCAAGAGAGCCCCAGAAAUCUGUGGCCUCUCCCAAAAGGGAAGUCACCUAUGCUCCUACCAAGGUAAUAAUGAAUGAGGUUCACCCCAUAAAGUUACAACCCCAGCGCAACAGUGCAAGCCGCAUCUCUCCUUUGUGUGUCAGCAAUAAUUGCAUGGAGGAUCCCCAAUGUGGGAAGCCAAUCUCCAGUCCCCAUGUGCGAUGCCGAGUUGACAUAAAGCCUGAUGAUGCAGUUAUUCAGCAUGCCGCUCAUGCCUCCAAAUCUAACCAGGCUUGGGGAGAGCCACAGCAUUUCCCAAGGCAACCAGGCACCCCGCGGAGCUUAGCAGUGCCAAAUGCAAGAUUGAUGUCAGUGUCUCGUACACCCACGCCCAGUGAUUCCUACAGUGUUGAUCCAAGAAUGACCCACUUUGCUUGCACUCCGGGGCAGGAAAUGUAUGGAACUGAUGGGCGAGGAAUCCCAUACCAAAGUGUUGCUUCACCAAGGGAUUUUGCACAGUACAAUACCCGGGACUGUGGACAAUAUGUCAGCCCUACCAUCCCCACUGCUUACUUUUACACUGAGGAAGAUGGCAACUUUGGCCAAAUCCCUGUCAAACCUAGGGGAUAUUAUCCUCGUCCUUAUCCCGAUCACGGAGUUCCCACACACCAAUAUUAUGAAGAAAAUCCCCCAGUGCAACCCAGAGCCUAUUAUAUAGAAGACCCUAGAACGUAUCCUAUCCAGGAAGCUUCAGUAAGGACGUUUUAUAGUGAUGAUCCCCGUUUUUACCCUCCUCGUACUGCCCAAGCCAAAAGUCUUUAUAGUGAAGACAUGCGGUCUUAUCCACUUCAGAGUACAUCAUCAAAACUUUAUUAUUCAGAGGAUAUUGCAAAAUAUUCUGAAAGGGAAGCAUUAUCUAGGACAUAUCCAUAUCCCAGAACUACUCAGCAGCCCCUGCAGUUCAGUGAAUGGUAUUUUCCUGAUCAGAGUCCGGUAUCUUACCAAACAAUCCAAAUGCCACCAUUUCCCACGCAAACAGCAAGCAGAGAAGCAAUGUUAUCAUCUUGGCAUGCUUCUUAUAGCAUGAACCAGCAAAGACUAGGGACUGAUGCAAGAAACUAUUCCAGGUCUUGGGACAACAUCUUAAACACUGGUGGACGCAAAGAAGACCCACUUUCACGAGGCCGCAGCUAUGAAAACCUGUUGUGCCGUGAACGAUGUGCCUUAUCGCCAGAUGAUAGACGCCAGCCUGUGGUAGUUAAUCUUUCUUGCUCUCCCAAGCGCUAUGCUGCCCUCUCGCUCUCAGAAAACUCUAUUUUGGAGAAAGUCCAUACAGAUGGGGGCACUGGAAGGUACACAAUGGGCCGAUCUUGGUUUGUCACUCCAGAGAUUACCAUUACCGACAAUGACCUGAGAGCCAAUGGAGGGGGAAGAAGUGAGCGUCGCUCCGCUAGCUGGGAUGUGAUAGAUUCUGGAAUUUCUCCACCCACCUAUCCAACACAUGUCUCCUACCCUACCAAAGAGAAGAUGCCAAGCAGGUCUUCCCGUCACCGCAGCUUGGAGCAGCUUGAUGAACUCAUUGCUGAUUUAGUGAUAGAUUAUAAACCACCAUCAAGCCGCCGUCCUAGUGAAACAGAUGCAUUGGCUGAUCAGUUAAGGAAGCUUAUUAAAGAAGACAUGAUAGGGAUACCAAGGAAACCAGAGUCCUAUGGGCAGAUGUCUCAUCUUCUCCAAAACCGUCCCCUUAAAGAACAGCCAACUUCUACCUUUCCCGAGUCCCACAGAGGUCAGCGAAGGGGUGCUUUCCCUGAGGUGCCAGUGUCAAGUCCUCAUAAGCCCUUAGAGGACUGUUCACCAGAUCUCAGUGCCGAUGAAGAUGAUCUAUUAACCUGUUCUAAUGCCAAGUGCAGGCGCACUGAGACUAUGUUUAAUGCUUGCCUCUACUUUAAGUCUUGCCAUAGCUGCUACACCUACUACUGUUCCCGUAACUGCCGGCGAGAGGAUUGGGAUAUACAUAAAGAAAGCUGCAUCUAUGGGCGUAUGGGCAGUGUUUGUCGACAUGUGCUCAAAUUUUGCAGAGAGACCACUGAGGUGCACAAAGCCUUCUCUCGAAUUGCCAAGGUAGGCUAUCUGUCCCGAGGGAGAGGGGUGCUCUUUCUUGGCUUCCCCAAUCCGGGUUCUGCAGAUAAUUUUCUUCAGUUAGGACUGGAGGGCCUGCUUAUGUCUCCUACAUAUCUAUCUCUGAGGGAACUUGAGAGCUACUCAGAUAACCUAGGAGAACAUGCCAAGGAAUUACAAAUAGCUGGCAAUGAGUAUGACCCUGAGGAAUGUUUCAUAUUGAAUGUAACUGUGGCAGUGGGACAAAGUAGCCAGGACCGGCUGUCGUCCAGAGCCCACCAUGUACCUACUAUCCGCAAGUAUGCCAAAAUAGCCUUAGCCUCUUCUAGUCCAGAGAGGAAAAUCACAAAAAAGGAAAAGGACAUGGAGACCCUUAUACUGACCCCACCUCCUGGAACGGCUGAUUUGGAUAAAGAUGGGGAGGAGGGUAGAAAGGCCAGAGAAGUUUGCUUUAUACAUAUCCAGAGGGAACUAAGGAUUAGGGGGGUCUUCCUACGCCACGAGUAUCCUAAGAUCUACCAGCAGCUGUGUGAGUUUGUGGAGAACAAUAAAAGAUUUACACCCACGACCAUCUACCCCAUUGAUAGAAGAACUGGCAAGCAAUUCAUGUGCAUGAUCAUGGCAGCUUCAGAACCCAGAACUCUUGAUUGGGUUGCCAGCCCAAAUCUUUUGGAUGACCUCAUGUGA